CUGCGCGGAGGGCACCGCAGGCUUCAAGGAGAGGGCCGGACCGGGGCGUCUUUCGCUGCCGUCGCCAUGUUCCUGUGCGCUGCUCUGCGGGCCGCGGCCGCGCGCUCGAUGAGACAAAUCCGAUACUUACAUAAAACACCAGCAUGCAGUUCAAGUGGAGGAGCCUUAUUUGUGCACAGAGAUAGUCCUGAGAAUAAUCCAGAUACUCCCUUUGAGUUCACACCUGAAAACAAGAAGCGAAUAGAAGCAAUCGUAAGCAAUUACCCAGGGGGACACAAAUCUGCAGCUGUCAUGGCAGUGCUAGAUCUGGCUCAGAGACAGCAUGGAUGGUUGCCCAUAUCGGCUAUGAACAAGGUUGCAGAAAUUUUAGAAAUGCCUCCCAUGAGAGUGUAUGAAGUAGCAACCUUCUAUACAAUGUAUAAUCGUAAACCUGUUGGGAAAUACCAUAUCCAGGUCUGCACUACCACGCCUUGUAUGCUGCGAGACUCUGAUAGCAUUUUAGAAGCCAUUAAGAAGAAACUUGGUAUUAAAGUUGGGGAAACAACACCUGAUAAACUUUUCACAUUGAUAGAAGUGGAAUGCUUAGGUGCUUGUGUAAAUGCACCAAUGGUACAAAUAAAUGACAACUAUUACGAAGAUUUAACACCCAAAGAUAUUGAAGAUAUAAUUGAUGAGCUAAAGGCUGGUAAAGUUCCCAAACCCGGCCCAAGGAGCGGACGUUUUUCUUGUGAGCCAGCUGGUGGCCUAACAUCUCUGACUGAACCACCCAAAGGACCAGGUUUUGGAGUUCGAGCUGACCUCUGAGGAGUUUUGUAAUAUAUGUUAAACUGUCUGGAAAUAAAGUAAUUUUAAUCACAGUAAAA